CAACUUAUCUCUGUAUGUGGGGUUGUGUGUAUAUGAAAGUCAAUAUCAUUGCACACUUUUUUGUUAGGGGAAAGUUGUAAAUUACAACAUGCAAAUGUGUAGAUACAGCCAUAUUGUAGAGUCAAUCAAGGAGAGAGAAAACAGAGAGCAUUGGUGUAAUCAAUAGAGGUAUGCUUUUGGGCUCAGAACUGCAAUUAAUGCACCUUUCAUUUUGAGACUGUUUGCUUUUAAUUGGCUUUAACCCCCAAAGAAAAAAAAGGAAAAAAAAAUAAGCUUAGUGAGAGAUAAUAAUAAUAAUAUGGGAGUGUUCUUUUUUUCUCUACUCUACUUUCAGGUGUCUUUGAUUGAGUACUAGCUGAAGUUCUUUUUUUUUUUUUAGAGGUGUAGAUUCUUCUUGUUCAAUCUUUCUUUGGCAUAAUUUCUACAUCUCUUCUCUUUGGUUUCUUUUUUUUUAGUGUCCAUUUCUUGGGGAUCUGCUUUGUUGCUUGCUUUUGGGACUUGGGGUUUCUUCCAAUUUCAUUCAACUGGUUGACUUUCGAUUUGGACGUUGUGGGGUUUUACAAAAGUCCAAUCUUUGAGUCUUGGAUCUUAACUUCGUUUCUUGGUUUUCUUAAUCUUGUGUUCUGCUUUUCUCUCUUCCAUCCCUAAAAUGUCAACAUGAAUUUCUUAUAUUCUUGUUCUUUGACUUUCUCAAAUCAAGAACCUGAAAAAUUGAUUGAUUGAGUGUUUCAGUCAAAGAUUAUUUGGGUUGUCUCAAUUUUUUGAAAGUGAAUCUUCUAGAAAGGGAAAAAAAAAAUUAGGGUUUCUUUCAUCUGGUCCAUACUGUAUAUUUUUAAUCAAUUCUUUUGGAUACCAGUAUCUGGUCUUUGUGUUUGAAUGUUUUUUGUUAAAGCAAAUGCUUUGAGACUUUCCCUCCUUAAGUUAAGGCCAUUUGAUUUUUGAAAGCAAAGUGUUUUGAUUCUAAGGGAUGCUUUUAGCUUGAUUCCCUUUGCUUUUCCAGAAGUUAGGGUUUGUGACUUAAGCCUUUCUUUUUCUGGGGUUUAGUGUUAGAUGGGCUAAAAACUAUUUCUUUGUCUUUCUUGAAUCUUUGUUCAGUCACUCUUUUUUGAACAAGGGGGGAAAAACACUCAAAGAAAAAAGCUCUAAUGCAUCUUUCACUAUGGAAGCCAAUAUCUCACUGUGCUUCACUGAUCUUGGACAAAAAGAGCAGAAAAAGAAAUGGUUCUAACUCUAACCAUACCAAUGAAGAGAUCAAGAAAAACCCAUCUGUUUUGAAAAAAUUGCAAGAGCAUAAGCUUAGGGAGGCUCUUGAAGAAGCAUCUGAAAAUGGGUCACUUGUUAAAUCCCAAGAUGUGGAUUCCCUUUCAGCACAGAACCAAGAUGAGGGGUUGGGCCGAUCCCGGUCCCUCGCUAGGCUACAUGCUCAAAAAGAAUUCCUUAAAGCCACUGCUCUUGCUGCUGAGAGAACUUUCGAAUCUGAGGAUUCGAUACCUGAGCUUGAUGAAGCUUAUUCCAAGUUCUUAACCAUGUAUCCUAAGUACAACAGCUCUGAGAAGAUUGAUGAGUUGAGGUCAGAUGAGUACUCUCACCUUACUGGUUCUGCACCCAAGGUAUGUCUUGACUAUUGUGGAUUUGGGUUGUUUUCAUUUCUUCAGAGUGUUCAUUAUUGGGAGUCAUCUACAUUUAGCUUGUCUGAGAUUACUGCCAAUUUGAGUAAUCAUGCUUUGUAUGGUUGUGCUGAGAAAGGGACGGUUGAACACGAUAUUAAGGCCCGAAUAAUGGAUUACUUGAACAUCCCUGAGAAUGAAUAUGGUCUUGUUUUUACUGUUAGUAGGGGCUCAGCUUUUAAGUUGUUAGCUGAAUCAUACCCUUUCCAGACUAACAAGAAGUUGUUGACUAUGUUUGAUCACGAGAGUCAGUCGGUUAACUGGAUGGGUCAGUGUGCUAGGGAGAAAGGUGCCAAGGUUUACAGUGCGUGGUUCAAAUGGCCUACCCUCAAAUUAUGUUCGACUGAUUUGAGAAAGCAAAUUUCGAACAAAAAGAGGAGAAAGAAAGAUUCAGCUACUGGUCUCUUUGUUUUUCCAGUCCAAUCUAGAGUUACUGGUGCUAAGUAUUCUUACCAGUGGAUGGCACUGGCACAACAGAAUAAUUGGCAUGUGUUGCUUGAUGCUGGUGCUUUGGGUCCAAAAGACAUGGAUUCUCUAGGGUUGUCUUUAUUUCGACCGGACUUUAUAAUUACUUCAUUCUACAGGGUGUUUGGUUAUGACCCAACUGGAUUUGGAUGUCUACUCAUCAAAAAAUCUGUGAUGGGAAGCCUUCAAAAUCAGUCUGGGCAUGCUGGGUCUGGUAUAGUGAAAAUUACUCCCAUUUUCCCAUUGUAUUUGAGUGAUUCAAUUGAUGGUUUCCCUGGAUUGGCCGAGGAUGAUGAAGCCGGAGAGAACAGUGAAGUUAAUGCUGAAACUCGGCCAGGAUCUCAGUUGCCAGCCUUUUCUGGUGCAUUCACUUCUGCUCAGGUUAGGGAUGUAUUUGACACGGAGAUGGAACAUGACAACAGCUCUGAUAGGGAUGGAGCAAGCACGAUAUUUGAAGAGACUGAAAGCAUUUCUAUUGGGGAGGUAAUGAGAAGUCCAGUCUUCAGCGAAGAUGAGUCAUCUGAUAACUCGUUGUGGAUUGACUUGGGCCAGAGUCCUUUGGGGUCUGAUGGUGCUGGCCAAUCUAACAAACAAAAGAUUGCCUCUCCAGCACCCCCGUUUUGGUUUGCUGGCAGGAAGAAUAAUAAAAGGCUAUCUCCCAAGCCUUCAAAGAUGUCAAGCAGCCCAUUGUAUGACAGAGAGCUGAAUCCAGGUCGUCAUGAAGACAACCAUGUCCUAUCAUUUGAUGCUGCUGUUCGGUCAGUGUCUCAAGAAUUUGAUCACUUCAAGGAGAUUCCUGAAGAAGACCAGUUUGCUUCAAGAGAAUUUAGAGAGAUCGAGGAAGAACCAGAGACCAGCAAGGGUUCUGGUCUGGACAACUCAAUUCCAAUUUCUCGGCAUCAAACCCUUGGUAAUGGAUCAGCUUCUGAGAUAUGCCCGGAAAUUAAAGAGAGUGCUAUAAGAAGAGAAACUGAAGGCGAAUUCAGGUUAUUGGAAAGGAGAGAAGGAAACAGAUAUGCAGGUGGUAGAUUUUUCGGUAUAGAAGAUGCUGAUCAGCCUGGAAGCAGGGGAAGGCGUGUAUCCUUCAGCAUGGAAGACAACAACCGUAAAGCUCGUCUGAGCCAUACACUUGAGCCUGGGGAAUUGUUAGCAACGACAAGUCUGGAUGAUGACGAUUACAUUAGUGAUGGAGACUAUGAUGAUGGACAAGACUCAGACAGGAGAGAGCCGGAGAUAGCAUGCCGGCAUCUUGAUCACAUCAACAUGUUGGGUCUCAAUAAAACUACUCUCCGGCUAAGAUAUCUCAUCAAUUGGUUAGUUACCUCGAUGCUUCAGAUAAGAUUUCCUGGGUCAAAUGGGGAAGACAGUUCACGACUUGUUCGCAUCUAUGGUCCGAAAAUUAAAUAUGAGAGGGGUGCAGCUGUUGCAUUCAAUGUGCGAGACAGAAACAGGGGUCUUGUGAGUCCUGAAAUAGUUCAGAAACUGGCUGAGUCACAUGGUAUCUCUCUGGGCAUUGGUAUCCUAAGUCACAUUCGGAUCUUAGAUAACCCAAAACAGCAGCAACGGUCUCUGAGUCUUGAUGACACUACCCUUUGCAAACCAAUGGAGAAUGGCAAGUAUGAUGGUAGAAGUGGGUUUGUCAGAGUCGAAGUUGUCACUGCUUCACUUGGCUUCCUCACUAAUUUCGAUGAUGUCUAUAAGUUGUGGGCUUUUGUGGCUAAAUUUCUUGACCCUGCCUUUAUUAAAGAAGCUGGACUCCCGUCUGUUGCAGAAGACACCGAGGCAUGAAGCUGGAGGAGGCUGAUUUAGUAGCUUUUUGCUCCUUCUGCUUCUAAUCUAAGAUGCAGGAAUCUUAGAUUAAUGAAAAGGUCUGAGUUGUAUUCUUUUGGGCCCUAUGUUUCUUCAAUGCAUGCGGGAGAAAUUUUUUUAUUCUUGUCUUUUAAUUGCUUGAAUGUUUCUUCUUUACCUUUUUGGAGUUUCCUGUAGAGUUGGGAGUUAGAAAUUUGUAUUUUCUCAGGUAGUAAUGAAUCAUGAUGAACCAAAGCAGUUACAAGCAGCAGGGAUUUAAUGAUCCCCUUCCACCAUUUGCCCUCUUGCUUCUCAGCUUUGUAUAAUGACCAUUCAUGCUUUUGCUCAGGCUAUUAUAGAGUGCCUUUUCCCUUUUCCUGCA